UCCACAGAGGUGGCCCAGACUCUGCCUCUCCCGGCUUCUGAGUGCGGCAGAUGGCCUGGUGCAGGGCUGUGCUCCCGCUGCUGCUCAUCGCAGCCUCCAGCUUGCAUGCCGGUGAGGCCUUCAAAUGCUUCACAUGUGAGCAGCCCACAGCCAUUUCUUUGUGCAAGAACAUUUCUUACUGCAAGCCAGAGGCCACGGCCUGCAAGACCAUGCUGGUGCAGAUAGAGUCAGAGUACCCCUUCAACCAGAGACCCAUGGUGAUCCGCUCCUGCAGCACCUCCUGCAUAGCCACUGACCCCGACAGCAUGGGGCUCGCCCACCCUGUCUACUGCUGCUUCCGUGACUUGUGCAACUCCAUGUAGGCCACCAGGCUGGGUGCCAGGGCCCUGGCCCCACUGGGGGCCACACUCCUCGGCCGCCUCCUUCCCUGAAGGGCCCGGCACCACCGGAGAUCAUCUCUACGUAGCCACAUGCUUCCAUGAGCUCCCUGAGCCUCGGGUUAAUCAUGGAGCCCAAGGGCCCAGAGCCUUGACAGGGGUACUCUCUGUCUCCCACACUUACAGAGAAUAAACAAAGCUGAGGCAGA